AUGGGGCCCCACAUAGUUCGGGAUCGAGCUCUAAGGCGGCCCACACCGCCAGAUGCAAGAGUGCCCAUGACAACGGAGGAGUCACCGCGGGGAAGGAGCAGGCACUUCAGCGAGACUCUCCAGUCAGCAGGGGAAGAGGCUGCUGGGCCAAGCAUGCCACCGGAUGGCACAUCUCUGAGAGCCCAGGAGCAUGCACUAAUCAAGAAACCCUUGGCCAAGAAGAAGGCCAUGUGUGACUUCCGGGUGAGGUGGCCAGAAGUGAUUGACCAGGAGAAGAGGAAAGUACGUGAGAUCUUCGAGGUGCGCAGUCUUAGCAGCGUAGGCUCCUCGACCUCCAGACUGGACCUCAGCUUCACGGACUUACAGAGCUGUCCCAGUGAGUACCAGGCCUCCCAGGGUGACGAAACGGCCACCCAGCCUGACCUGAAGUCUCCUUACAUGACCAUCCUAGAAAGCUACCUGAAGUCAGAAACACUGACACGGAGGGAGAGGAGGAUGAAGAGGAGGACGGUGGCAAAACUGAGUCAGCUGGAGGAGGACAAGGAAGCAGCCAGGAGGCGACAGAAGGAGCAGCUGGAGAAGAGCCGGGCGCUGCAGGAGGAGCUGGCCCACCAAAAGGCCUCCAGCAAGCCCUUCCUGGAGCUCCUGCAGCAAAAAAAUGAUGAGUUUGAGAGGAAGCACGAUGACCUGUGGAAUCAGUACAUCCAGGAGUGCCGGAACAUCCAGAAGAGGAGGAAAGAACUGGCGGUCGCCUACGCCUCACAGUUGGUCACCCUCCACAAGCAGCUGAUGGAGGGCAGGAAGACCCAGGCCAGCCUGAACAAGAAGCUGAUCGCCCUAAAGCCCAUCGCCCUCAUAAAGGAGGGCCAGGACAAGACCAUCCAGGCCUUGCAGGAGGAGAUAGAGAGACUGGCCCAGGAAACCUUGAAGGACCCGGAGGCCCACUUCAAGUUCCUGCAGGAGAAGGCUGCACUGGAGAAGCAGCUGGAAGAAAUGAACCGGCUGGAGUCGGGAGAGGACAUCACCUGGGAGCUGAAGAAGAGGGCCAGGGCCUUCGAGAGAGCCGCCAGGAAAGGUCAUCAGGACUUCUGUCAGAACAUCCGCCAAGAGAACCGGCAGCUUCAGGAGGACUUGUGGCAGAUGGACCGAGAGUGGCGCAAGCUGGAGGCCACCAAGGAACGGCUGGAGAAGCAGAAGCAGUGGUGUAAGGAGGAGCAGUGGUACCUGGAAGCCUUGACCAGGGGGAGACGACGCCUCCAGGAGCAAGGAGAGAGCAGCAGACAGAGCCCCAGACAACACAGCGGACCAGACACCACCCAGGACAGCUCCCUUGGCGCCGAGGCUAGAGCGAAUCCAGGGCACUGGCUGCUCUCUCUGAGGAAGUGA